AUGAGCAGCCAAUUCUGUACAGCUUACCUGGAACUUGAACAGAGCUUGGGGAUCAGAAAGCUAUAUUGGAUUAGAAGUGCCGAGUCUGUUCCUGGCUUUGGGACAAAGAUCCACUCAGUCUCGCGAGACCAACAGUUGAUUGGAUCUACAGAUCUAGGGCUAUCAGGACUGGAUGGGAAAGCUUUAGAAGUCAGCCUUCCGAGAAAGAUAGAUAAGAUAGAGAACCCAGCCAAUCUUGACUGUGAAGUCAAGGAAGGAACUAACCAUUACUUGAGAUGCCCCAAGGCGGUAACUGAUUCACUGGAAGGAAGAAGCAAGUGA